UUUCAGUUAGAUGCGACCCGCAAACCAGAAUCGAUAGAAGAAGAAGAAAAGAGUCAAAUUCAAAGAAAGUCACAAAGCUAGGUUAGCACUAAACAAAACAAGUCGGGAUACAUGUUAAAUUUACAGAUAGGUCGACACUGAAAAAACGGACAAAUGUUUUGCCGAGUACAUUUACGUAGAUGGUAAGAUACAGUAGACUGCUGUUCACACGAAACUGUGAACACAGUGUUCGAGCCAGCUAUUUGACUUUUCUAUCAUUUACUUGAGUCUCCCGAGACCGACAGGGAGCUAGUUGGCACUAAUACUAAUAUGCCUGCAUAGCUAUAUUAGUCAAACGUUUCAUUCAUAAUGGAGACAACACCCAAGACAGCCAAAUGGAAGUCCGUCUAUGGUACGCCUUGCUAUGAAGAAGAGUCAAGUCCAUGUGAGGUCAGCAUGGGAAAGCCCAAGCAGCAGCUGAGUGCUUCACUAAAGGCAAGAUUGAAAAGGUCCAGGCGCUCUUUCACCUCGCCCAUGUCUGUGGCCAAACGCCUUCAUAUCGAGGAUGACGACAAAAAUGAUGUUGGACAAGACAAGCACGUACAUGUUGGCAUAGAAGAGUCACAAGAUGUUCACAUAGGGGCAAACAUAAGUAUUCUCGGAGAAAACGAUAUUACCAGUAGUAUGCCUGAGUCACAGCGACCCACGCCUGGAGACCCACUCAGAUUAAUACACCAACUAAAAACAGAAGUGAAGGAAAGGGCAGAGACUCUCCGUAGACUCAAGAUGGUGAAGAUGUAUAGAAGCAAGAAUGACCUGACCCAACUGACACGACUGAUCGGCAAAUGGCGAAGCUGUUGUCAGUCUGCAAUGUAUGAGCUCCAGACGGAUCUACCGGUUGAUGGGAAGAAAGCGAGUCUAGCUCAGCUCAUAGACCUUUUUGGAUUGGAGGAUAGCAUACUGCAGUUUGACCGGACAGAGGACGAUUUCAGGGAUGCAUGAGUACAUUGACUUUGUUCAUACUGUUCAAUUGACUAUUAGGUUAUCUGUUCAUUCCUCUUCUUGGAUGAUAACGCUAUAUUCACACUGUUUGUUUCAUGAGAAUUUUUACUCACUCCAAAAUAUUUAUGACAGUAAACACAUUGUUUAAUGUUUUAUUUCAUGCUGCUACAUAACAAAGUUAGAACAGAUUUAGAGUUUACAGAACUAUGUUGUAAAGGUUUGUUUUAUAAAGAAUAUGAUAUAAGGCACU